AUGGCCCCCACUCGCCUGCUUGCGCUGCUGCUGCUGUUCCUCGUGGGCGCCACCACAGAGUCAAUCCGGGAGACGGAGGUCAUUGACCCGCAGGACCUCCUGGAAGGCGGGUACUUCUCUGGGGCACUACCAGAUGACGAGGAUGCUGGGGCGCCCGGGCAGGAGCCUGGUGACUUUGAGCUGCCUGGCUCCGGAGAUCUGGACGACGUGGAGGAGCCCAAGAUCUUCCCUGAAGUGGUCCAGUCCUCGGUGCCUCUAGAUAACCACAUCCCUGAGGAUGCUGGGCCUGGGAGCCAGCUUCCCACCAAGCCCAAGGAACUGGAGGAGAGCAAGGUUGUCCCCAAGAUC